CAUCCGCCAAACUAUUAUGCGUGCAACACAAAAUCGUAUGUACAACGAAAAACGAGUUAUAGUACUUACACCAUGGAGGCCCCCAAAAAGCACUAUGGGUUGCUUUUGCCAAAGAAGACACACAAAGUGACCACCUCCUUCCAACCAAAGCCAUCAAUAUUUGGAGAUGACAGUGAUGAAGAGACCCCACAAGCAACACUGGAGAAGACUCUUAAGAAAGAGGCACACAAAUCCAAAGUUAAAAGACAGACUCAGCUUGAAAUAGACCAGGCUUUGGCAGAUGACCCCACAGUGUAUGAAUAUGAUGCAAUCUAUGAAGACAUGCAGAAGGAGAAAGCAGCAAAAAUUCCUGCUGUUCAGAAAGAAACUGAUAAAAAGCCUAAGUACAUCGCCAAUCUGCUGAAGCAAGCAGAACUGCGUAAAAGGGAACAAGAGAGAAGAGUUGAGAGACAAGUCCAGAAGGAGCGUGAAAAGGAAGGAGAAGAAUUUGCAGACAAGGAUGCUUUUGUGACAUCAGCAUAUAAAAAGAAAAUGUUAGAGUUGCAAGAAGAAGAGGAAAAACUAAAAAGACAGGAAGAAAUGGAUGCCAUGAUGGAUGUGACCAAGCAGAAAGAUCUGAGCGGGUUCUACAGACACCUGCUGAACCAAACUACAGGAGAGGUCACCAAACCUGAAGAAAAAGUGAAAGCUGAAAGUGAAGAGACUGAAGUUAAAGUGGAGGAUCCAAAAGAAGAAAGUGGUGGCUUGAAUUCCAAAGUUAAACAUCGGGAUCAAGGAAAGCAAAGGAGUUAUCGUCAGAGAAACCGGAGUUCCAGCAGAGACAGUACACCUGAGCGAAUGGAUAAAGAGGAAGAUGUUAGGCACUCUCAAAGAGAGCACUCUUCCAAAGAGAGAGUGGACAAGGACUCGGAACAAAGAGAUCAUAGCAGGGACAGUUCACCUGAUGAACGCAGGCUGUCUCGUGACAGGAGGGACAGAUAUGAUGAUAGACAUUCAAGAGAUGGAAAGAAAGACAGAAAUAGAGACAGAGAUAGAAAAGACAGAGAUAAACACAGAGAUAGGAGAGAUAAGGAGAAAGAUAGGGAAAGAGAUAGAAAGAAUGAUAGCAAAAGCGGAGAAAGGAAUAAAAGCAAAGACACUGGCAGAAAAAUGGAAACUGAGAAAAUGGAAGUAAACAGGAGGCUUUCCCAGGAUGAAGUAAAGAAAGAUAGAGAAAGAAGGGAAACCCUGAGAGACACAGCCAUGGACAAAGCACCUGAAAACCCAGAUGAAGAUCUUGACAGAGAUCAGACAAGUUCAGAAGAAGAAGACGAUAUUAAAAAUAAGAGAAAAGAUAAAGAUAAGCAUAGUGGCAGUAAGAAAGCCCUUGAAAGGGAAGGUGAUAAACAGGAUGAAAAGAAAAAUAAAUAUGCACGUAGAAAUGAUGAACAGGCUGUAAGUGAUGCGAAGGCCAGAUACUUAGCUAGAAAACUAGCAAGACAAAAUGCAGAGUAAAAUAUGUAGCCAGAGAUGCAGUAUUUUUAUGUGCAGUGUACUGAAGUUUUUUGAUAAAGGAUAAUGCAACAAAUAUGGAAAGCUAUUCUUGGUGGAUGUUUCAAUAGACAUUUUAAGGAAUAAAUUCAAAAGAAAAGAUUUUGAAUUUAUUUGAAUGAUGAAAUAUAUUGUUUGAAAUAUAUUGUUUCUUAGGAGUCAUAGUUGAAUAAAGAAUGUCAUUGUCUGCAUAGUUUUUUUACAUCUUAACCAAAUAAACUGUA